AUGGAGAGUGAAUGGGAAGUCCCUCUUGUUAUAUAUAAAUGUGUGUGUAUAAGAUAUUGUGCAUUGUUUAGCAUUAUAUAUACAGAAAUGGAAAGAAGAUUGAUGGAAGCUGCGUGCUCGGGGGACUUGAGAGCUGUUCAUGAUUCAGUUGGAGAAGAUGCUGCAAUCUUGCAGAAGCUGCUGCAGCCUGGGGCAGGAACAGAAACGCCUCUUCACUUGGCAUCCAUGUUUGGCCAUGCCGAGUUUGUGAGAGAGUACAUCAAGCUUGGCUCAGUCAGUGUCCACCAGCUUUCCCAACUUAAUGGAGCCGGUUACUCCCCAUUCCACCUGGCCUCAGCCAAUGGCCAUGCCGAGAUUGUCAAGCUCAUGCUGGAUAUCGCAAGGGAGAAGGGUACUGCUGCGGAGCGCGAUCUGUGCCUGAAGAUGGACAAGGAUGGGAGGACUGCGCUACACGCAGCAACGGCUGCUGGUAAAACUGACGUGAUCGAUGUACUUCUUGCUGUGGACUAUUCUAAGGAGGCAGAAAUACAGGCCAGAGUUAACGGCGACAGUGUUCUUCAUGUUGCUGUGAAGCACCACCAACACGAGGCUCUUGAUCUGCUGAUUCAAAAGCUCGGCUCGUCGGCCAAAGAUCUGCUUAACCAGGGCGAUCGGGAAGGAAACACACUUCUGCAUUUAGCAACUGCUCAAGGACAACUUCAGACAGUGGAGCUCUUGUUGAAGCAGCCUGACUUGGAUGUGAAUGCAAAGAACUUGUAUGGACUAACUGCGUUGGACAUCAUCUUCGCCUGUGGUCUAACCAACUCCAACAACAACAAUGUCGCAUAUCUCCAAGAGGCGAUCAUCAGGGCCGGAGGUUGCAGGGCAUCCGACCCAACACUUACCCGUUUAACAAGUUCCCAUCCUCCUGCAACAGGUCCAGUCGCAGCGGGCGCCAUGGAGCGGCUAGACACUGGAUUUUACUACUCCAAGGAGGUCAGGGGUGGCAUCAUAGUAAUGGCAUCAAUAGUUGCGACUGUGACAUUUCAAGUAGUCCUAACACCCCCCGGCGGGUUGUGGCAAGACUGGCCGGAAAACACCAACACGACAGCGUUCCCACAUGAGCACAGGCCCGGACAUAUAGUUCUCUAUGAUCUAUCUCGCACGGAAUUCACUGCUGUCAUGGUAAUUAAUCUCGAAACCUUCUGUGUUUCAAUAGCUACCAUUCUACUUUCACUGCAGCCGGUGGUUUCCUCGGUCAUGGACGUGGUGAUCACACAAAACAUGCUCCCGCUUUUCGUCCCCCUCACCUUGAUUCUAACAGUGGUGGACUUUCUGGUGAUACUGCACAUCACCACAACCGGCCCCAAGUCGGGGCUGCUACGAGAUGCCAACUUCCUUUGGCCUCUUGUUCCUUCUCUACUCUUGCUGUUCCUCGGCCUACUCGUCUUCAACAUAAGCACCAAUCGGUUUCUAAGCAAUAUGUAUACGCAGUAUGUUAAAAAAGUUUCGACGAUGGUAGCUAAGUGCUUUGGCCAGGUUCCAACGGCGGGUGAACUGCUCUGCGGUCGGGCUCCAGCGGCAAGCGAACCGGUUCGAGCAUAGUCUUCAAUAACCAGCACCAGCUCCUUCCAUGAGGUACUCCUUUUGCCAUUGAAAAUCUUUUGGGUUUUCUUAUUGAAAGCUCCAUUUUUCACUGCUCUGAACUGUUAUUAAUUGAUUGUUGCCUGAGUGAUGGAUAAUAAAUUAUGAUCAUAAUAAUCGUACUUCAGCACUUGUUAUAUAAUUCUUUCCCUCUAACAAGACUUUAGAUUCUAAGCUUUUGAUAUGGAUGUGUAGAAUGAAUGAUCUGUGGAUGAACAAAACCUUAAUAAAAUUUACCAACACUCAUAAAUUCUUACAGUCAAUCGUACAAAAGACUGUCGAAAGAUUAAAAAUUACAAAAUAAGUGAAUAGUAGGAGGCAAAACUGCAUGCAUGCAGAUGUACUCUCUUUUUUUUAGGCCCAAAUCAUUUUAUAUGCUGCAAGAGAAGUAGCUGCAAGAACCCAAGCACCCUGCAUGCUGCCGGAGAAUCCAGAGGCUGCUGAAACUCCGGGCGAGGCAGGAGAUGGACUCGGAGCCAAGUCUGCGGUAGUUACAGUGAUGGCAAGCUUCAUCCCUCUGGUGCAGUGGUCUGCAAACCCACAGAUGUACCAUUUCCUCCCUGGAGAGGCGAGGACGAUCACAUCAUUUCCGCUGCUGAGAGAAGUCACAUUGCUUGGCACAGCACACUGCCGGAAGUCAUCAGCAGUGGUCAGUCUGAAAACAUUGUGAGAUCCUUCUGUGUACCGGAAAACUGCACAAAAUGAAGUGUUAAGAAUAACUUGUGCCAAGAAACUUCAGAGACCAGUGUAAGUGCUGAUUUAAGUGUUCCAUUUAGAGGAAAUAAAUUGAGUAUUUUACUCAGCCUGUCUCCGACAUGGAAAUCCUUCCCCUCAGCCCAGGCAGUGUAAUUGAAGUUUAGUUUCCAGCCCGAUCCAUCACCUACAAUGUAAUCUGUUGACAAUGCUGGAGUGGAAAUAACCACCAUUGUCAUCACCAUCAGUGUUGCCUUGAGCAGCUGGGCCAUAAUAUUUCU